AUAUUCACAUCUUUGAAUUAGUUGCAAAAGCGAUAUUCAUAGAGAAACACUAACGAUGAAGUCGAUUGUGAUUUUGGUUCUUGUAGCUGUCGUUUUUGUAAACGCAGCUGAAAAAUACACUACGAAAUACGAUAACAUUAACAUCGAUGAUAUCCUUAAUAAUAAACGGUUAUUGAAGGGAUAUACAAAUUGUGUUUUGGAUAAAGGACCAUGUAGCCCUGAUGGUGCUGAAUUAAGAAAGGUCUUACCUGAUGCUUUGGCAACUCAUUGUGACAAAUGCAGCGAAAAACAGAAAGAAGGCAGCAAAGUUAUUUUGAAACAUUUAAUUAAUAAGGAAUCCGAUAUUUUUGAUCAAUUGGAAAAGAAAUACGACCCUAAAGGAGAAUACAGACAAAGAUACAAGGAAGAAGCAGCCAAAGAAGGAAUUAAGAUUUAAUUGAUUUUUAUUAAUGUUUGUAUUGAUGUUUUUUAUUAACUUUUUUGUACUUAAAUAAUCCAGUUAAAUAAAAAAUGUACUUUUAAAAUC